AAUGAGUUAUUCUCCUGAAAAUUCCGAAGAAUUUCAACUAAACUCUACAAGUUUUUUACCACCUUGCCAACAGCGUUCAAGAACUUUAAUAAGCGUUGUUAAAGAACAAAUACAGCAAUUAAAUCAAGAUGUUUCUAUCAAAAACGUUGAAAAUAAAUGGAAAGACUUGAAUUUGGAAGGAAAAUCGAAAUUAUUAAUUAAAGAUAAUAGUUUCUCGCUUGGAAAUGUUGGAGAGGCAUUAUAUCUCAAAGGAAAUAAAUCAAAAUUACAUAACUUCUAUACUGAAGAUCCUCUUAUGAAAGUGCUACCACCGGAUUAUAGGCCUCUUUCCGAUCCUUACGUUGGGAACUUUUAUAAAUCUGGAAGAAAUAGGAAGAGGUUACUGCAUCUUGGUUCUAUUUCGGCUAAUAACAGAGCUAUGUGUACUCCUAAAGAUUACAGAAGAUUUUUCGAAUAUAUGAAACAAAUGGAAGGAUUUAGAAUAAGGGAAGAAGAAUUGAAAGGCAAUGCUAUUGAUGAAAAAUUAAAAAAACAAAUUACAAACAAACCUUUAAGAAGUACUUGUUUAUCUUUACCGGAAGUCGUUACAUUAAAGAGAAAAGAGUUGAUGGAUUUAUAUAUUUGGAUGCAAAAAGUUUGGUGUUUAGUUGGAAAAGAGAGGAUAAAUCAGAGGAGAAUGAGAGCGUUAGCUAUAAAACGCGAAGAAGAUAGAUUACAGAAGAUACUUAAGAAAUUAAUCCUUUGGAAUAAAAAGGACAAACUAAAGAGUAGUAAUAGUAAAGACAAUUCAACAUCUUUGCCGUCAAUUAAAAAUUUUAAAAUUCCUAGUCGAUUUCAUCAUUACGAUACACCUUCGUUAAGUAACCUUUCAGCUGAAAUUGAUGAACUUCUUAAGAAAGGUCUACCUAAAUUCCAUUCUAAUCAAAAUGAUAAGAAACCAAAAUUAAAGAAGAAAACGAAGAGAAACGAAGAUAAAAGAUCAAAAUUCAAAAAAUUGAUAGAUGAUCAAUAUUCAAACCUAUCAGCAUCUUUAAAGAAUUCUAAUUCAAUAGUUGAUGAUAAAGGGAGCAAAUUAUCAAUAAAGGAUGAUUAUACUCUGCAAAAGCAGUGGAGAGAUAUAUCAUCAACUAUAGUUGAAUGGAUUAUUUAUAGUGUAACAGAUUUAAUCAUUCCUCUCUGUCUUGGAAAAACGAAACAAUCGACAACAAGAAGAUCUAUUUCGCCUAUAAAUAAAGAUUCGGAUAAUAUGAAGAGAAAUGUAUCAUUCAAUAAAAUUAUUAAAGUAGCCGAAUCAAAGAGUUGUAAUUCAGAAUUAAGUGAUAAUAUUGUUGACGAUGAUAGACGUACAGCUACUAAUGAAUUUGACGAUGAUUUACCUUCUUCCCAAUUGGGUUUAAGGUCAAGAGAUUCAUUAGAAUUAUUGCGUAAUACUUCGUCAUAUCUUGCCGUUCAUCCGAAUGAAGCUGGUAACGCACUAUUAAUAGUAUCAAAGGCAAUAACGGCUGGCCUAUUAAAGUCGGAACAAAUACAUCGCCUGUUUAAUUGCGUAGCGGAUACUUGCCCUAAACUCGACAAACUAGCCCUAGACGAAUUGCUAAAUGAUCAAUCGAAUGAUACCGCUAUCAAUAAUCUAGCAUCAUCCGUUUUGCAUUCAACUUUAGCGAGGAAUAUUAAGAUAAUUCAAAUUCAGGAAAAAGAUGAAAAUUUCCACUCUAGACCAAGGGGAAAAGGCGAAGAAAACGACGACAACGAUGACGAUGAUAAUAAUAAUGAUAAUGAAGAACAAGAAAGUAAAGAUGACAUUCUCCUAGCUCAAGAAUUAAGGAGUAUCACAAAGAAUUGUUUUAAAGUGGAUAAUUCAGACUGGAAAGUCGUCGCUAUUGAUUUCUUAGCGCACGCUUUUAGACAAGUUUAUGCCUAUUAUCUAAAAGAUAAAAAAGAAACAACCAGAGAGGAUAUUAGAGAAUAUUUAAUGGAUCAUAUAGCUGAUAUGUAUCUAGAAUCUUCUCCAUCAAUCUAUUCCGAGAAUAUUAUGAUACUCAUCGAAAAGUUCACCAAUUUACAAAAUAAUUGGUCUUUACGUUUAGGUUGUCCUUUACAUUCCAGAAAAAUAGACUCGGAUACAGUUAAUUUCAUAAAAACUUCACUAAUGAAUGCUGUAACCUUUCAAGAAGAAUUAAUUAGUAAAAUAAUUGAUUACAGUCUUAAUUGUUCCAUUACUACUACUGCUGUUGAUGAGGACAAUCUCUUACGAGUUAGCGGCCAUAUUAUUUGCAAUUGUAAACCUCAUAUUGCGAAACCUAUGUUAGAGAUGAACAAUUAUUACCAAUCAAUUGCCUCAUCUCAGGGAAAGAUAAAGAAUAGAUUUGAAGAGGAUAGAGAUCUUUACGUAAAUUCUAUAUCAGGCUCCAAAAAAUAUGGGCCAAGAUGGAGAAAACGUUUCUCGUCUUCGGCAGGUUCUGGAAGAAGUAGAGAAUCAACCGAUGAUGAUAAUAAAAUUAAUAAUGAAAAUAAUAAUAAUAAUAACAAUAAUAACAAGAAAUUCUUUAAUUUCUUCAAAAGGCAAAGGUCUGUUGGAGAUCAAAGAUCGAGGAUGAAUAGUUUAAGGAAUAGCGUUGAAGGAGAUUUUCAAGUAUUCAGAAGGAAAUCAAUUUGUAAAGAUUCGGAAAAUCAAAUUGAUAUUAUCUCUUCCAAUGAACUUAAGAGAUUCUCUACACAGUCGGAUGAGAAAACGGAUAGUUUAAGGAGUAACGAUUUCGUUGUUGUUCAAGAUACGGACAUUGAACAACAAUUGAUUAUACCAGUCUUCCAAGGAAAAGAAAUUGAAGGUUUGGACGAGAAUCUUUGCAGUUCAGGCUUAUCGGCUGUAACUGUUAAAAAUGGCUUAACUCAGAAUAAGCAACAUUGUCAUAGUGAAGAUCGUCUCGAAGACAGACUUUCCUACGUAAAUAUACUAAGACCAGAAUUAUCAUUACACUAUCUCCCAGAGACAUUUAAUAAGGAAUUAGCUACAGAUCUAAUUAAAAGAUCGUCAAUAGUAAACCAGGAAAAAUGUAUGAUCAGUCUAAAUACAACAAGGUUACCGGUUGAAGAGAAAUUCAACAUUACUGAUAAUGAAACUGAUGAAAAAGUUUUAAGCGUUAUCAACUUGGAAAGUGAAGAAAAUACUGAAAACGAAUCAAGAAGCUCCAAGCGUCUAUCGUUACGUUUAAUUCGUAAAACCAUUGAAACUCUCUAUGAGAAUAGUAGCGAAACUAGUAAUAACAAUAACAAUAAUAAUAACAACAAUAAAGAUAAGGAGAAAGAGAAGGAUGAUAAGAUUCUUUGUAAUCUCCUUCCAGCUUAUCAGCCUAUUCACGUACGUGCAAGAUUGUACAGGAACUUUGGUAAACCAUUAUACGACGAUGAAAUUACUGGAAAAUUUGAAGAUAAUAGCGAAAUUUCUCAACACUGCAACGAAAAUAAUCCUUACGGAAUAAGAUUAAGCUUGGAAGAUUUUCAACAAACUUAUGAUACUGAUAAUGUUGGAACUGUUCAGCCAGUGUUUAAGGGUCAAAAAUUAGAGAUUGACUCUCUUACAGCGGGAUUAGCUCUUGGGGUGAUAAGCUACAAAGAUUUUAAUCAUUCGCAAACUCCUUACGCAACAGUUGAGAGAAUUUCACAUACAAAUCUCCAUAAACCAGAUUUAUCAGCAAAUGUCGACUCGGGAAAAGAUUUGGCAAUAGUUCUUCAGAGAAUCGAGGCGGCCGCUGCCGGAUAUAAAAAGUUACUAGUUCAAGCAGGACUUUAUAGGAAAACACUAUACGACAAUCGAAUGUCGUUGGACGACCGACGAAAGGAAUCGUUGGAAAAUGGCCAGAAUAACGACGAUAAAGAUGCUAACAAACUGAAGAGUAACGAAGAAAUGCGUAGAUUUUCUGAUAUAACACCACUAAUUGAAAGUGCAAAGAGAACGUUAGAUUUAGCAAAAGUUACAGAUCAAUCUAUAAGUAACAUGGUACAAAAGAAUUCAAAAUUAAGACAAAAAUACCUAAAAGACGAUUCUAGUAGUGACGAAGGAAAAACAAAGAAGAUCACUAUUUUUAACAGUAUCGACGAAAAGAAUACUAUAGGUAAACAAGAAAAGUCAUCAUCAAUUAAAGAUAAAUAAUAACUAUUCUUACUAUUAUUAUGAUUAUAAACUUAACUACUUAAC